AUGUCUGAGAAGCAGGUCAUCGGCAAGUGGAACAACCCGGCGUUACUCCAUAGUUUGAUGCUCGCCUUGUACGGCCAGCUCAAGGGCAACCUCAACAAGGAGGCCAAGGACGCGAUUGAGCAGAAGAUGCAUCGCGAUGGCUUCGAGGAUGUCACCUGGGAGUCCAUUCGUCUGAGACUAUUUUCUUGA